CAUGCAGCGAUUUCAUCAUUCUCUUCCUUCAUGCUUCUUCUUCGCCGCGCAGCUUCGUCUCUGUUGAGGACCACCGCUGACAUACCCGCCCUCUGCUCGCUGCUCCUGCCUCGGUCUGCAUUGCCGUCGCUCCGCUACCAUCUCCGGAACCGGCCCUUUGCAACGUCGGCCCACCUUUGCAAGAAGAAGACGAGCUUGUGGCAGCGGCUGGCAGAAGGACAAACAACCAUGGACGGCAACAUUGAAGAGAUCCUCGCCCCUUUGAGACUGGCAGUCAAAGAACAGGGAGACUUGGUGCGCCAAAUGAAGCAGGAUGGGCUUCCUGAUGUGGACAUCACUAAGGCUGUAGCUGAACUCAAAGCUAGGAAGAGGAACUUGGAGGCCAAGGAGCUGUCCUUACAACCCAAAGAUGACAUUGUGGACAGGACAAAGAUGGAAGACACCCUCAAGAGGCGCUUCUUUUACGAUCAGGCCUUCGCCAUCUAUGGCGGGGUGAGCGGCCUGUACGACUUCGGCCCCGUGGGCUGCGCCCUGAAGAACAACAUCCUGCAGGUGUGGAGGCAGCACUUCAUCCAGGAGGAGCAGAUCCUGGAGAUUGACUGCACCAUGCUGACGCCUGAGCCUGUCCUCAAGACGUCGGGGCACGUGGACAAGUUUGCAGACUACAUGGUGAAAGACGUGAAGAACGGAGAGUGCUUCAGGGCUGACCACCUCCUCAAAGCGCAUCUCCAGAAGCUGAUGUCUGAUAAAAAGUGUGGUGCGGAGAAGAGGGCUGAGAUGGAAGACGUCAUCACACAGAUGGACAACUUCACCCAGCAAGAGCUGACAGACCUCUUUGUCAAAUACGUGGUCAAGUCGCCCACCACAGGAAAUGACCUCACGCCUCCCAUCUCCUUCAACCUCAUGUUCCAAACCUCUAUCGGGCCGGGAGGGAACAUGCCAGGAUAUCUGAGGCCUGAAACCGCUCAGGGAAUCUUCCUCAACUUCAAGCGUCUGCUGGAGUUCAACCAGGGGAAACUCCCCUUCGCUGCUGCUCAGAUAGGAAACUCCUUCAGGAACGAGAUCUCGCCUCGCUCUGGACUCAUUCGCGUCAGAGAGUUCACCAUGGCGGAGAUCGAGCACUUUGUCGACCCCAACGAGAAGGUCCAUCCUAAGUUCUCCAACGUGGCUGACUUGGAGAUCAUGUUGUACUCCUCUAAAGCACAGACCAGUGGCCAGUCUGCGCAGAUCAUGAGGCUUGGAGAUGCCGUGGAGCAGGGUGUGAUCAAUAACUCCGUCCUGGGUUACUUCAUCGGUAGGAUCUACCUCUAUCUCACAAAAGUGGGCAUCGCCAAAGACAAGCUGCGUUUCCGUCAGCACAUGGACAACGAGAUGGCCCACUACGCCUGCGACUGCUGGGACGCUGAAACCAAAACUUCCUACGGAUGGAUUGAGAUUGUGGGCUGCGCCGAUCGCUCUUGCUACGACCUGAAAUGCCAUGCCCGAGCCACCAAGGUGCCCCUGGUCGCCGAGAAGCCGCUGAAAGAAGCCAAAGUCGUGAAUGUGGUCCAGUUUGAACCCAACAAGGGAGCCAUUGGGAAGGCUUACAAGAAGGAUGCUAAGAUAGCCAUGGAGUAUCUGGCUGUGUGCGACGAGUGCUUCAUCACAGAACAGGAGCAGCUCCUCAACGAGGCCGGAGAGUUCACCAUCGAGGCUGAGGGAAAAACAUUCACACUCACUAAAGACAUGGUCAGCGUGAAGAGAUUCCAGAAGACUCUGCACGUGGAGGAAGUGGUCCCCAACGUGAUCGAGCCCUCGUUUGGCAUCGGCAGGAUCAUGUACACCAUCUUUGAGCACACCUUCCAUGUCAGAGAGGGAGACGAGCAAAGAACGUUCUUCAGCUUCCCUGCUCCCGUGGCUCCAUAUAAAUGCUCCGUUCUGCCUCUGAGUCAAAACCAGGAAUUCAUGCCUUUCGUUAAGGAGUUGUCUGAAGCCAUGACCAAAAACGGUGUGUCUCACAAGGUUGACGACUCCUCUGGAUCCAUCGGGAGGCGCUACGCCAGGACAGAUGAAAUCGGUGUGGCGUUCGGCAUCACCAUUGACUUUGACACAGUGAACAAGAUGCCUCACACCGCCACCCUGAGGGACCGCGACUCCAUGAGGCAGAUCCGGGCUGAGGUGAGCGAGCUCCCUGUGAUUGUGCGGGAUCUGGCCAACGGCUUGCUGACCUGGGCGGAAGUGGAGAGCAAGUAUCCCAUCUUUGAAGGACAGGAAACCAGCAAGUACACUACGGAGGAGUGAAGCCAACUGCCUCCCUCUCCAGGAAAACGCCCACAGACUUGUUGCAUUUGCAUCAUUCAGGAAGGAUAUUUGGGAAGUGUCUCCACCAAGGAAAUGCCUGCAGGAGCUACAUUUCAACCAUGUAAGACCACGACCAUGUGCUUUAAAAGGGACAAACUGGAAGCAGGUUGUGGAGAGCACCGCCACGAUUCUGCUAUUCCAGACUGAGAUAUUUAACACUCAAUAAAAACAUCCAGCACUUACUGGACACGGCAUUCAACUUGCAAGC